GACAGGGUCACCGCGGAGCCUGCGGAGCCUCCGCCGCCAGCGCCUGUGCCCUGUGGCUCCUUGAGUCAGGCCCACGGCUCGGGGUCGCCGCCCGUGCUCCGCCGUCGUGGGUGCGGCUCUGAUGCUGCGGCAGGCCCCGGACGCCGGGAGCUCCGGAGGAAUUUAAGAGGAUUUUAUUCAUGCGCAUGUCAUAGAAGAUGAAUUCAUCCUCCUGUACUAUGAAUGAAGAGCCUGACGCCCUGUCGGUAGUUAACCAGCUGCGGGAUCUAGCAGCAGAUCCAUUGAACAGAAGGGCCAUCGUCCAGGAUCAGGGAUGCCUGCCUGGUCUUAUUUUAUUCAUGGACCAUCCCAACCCCCCUGUUGUUCACUCAGCUUUGCUGGCACUCCGAUACUUGGCCGAAUGUCGUGCGAACAGAGAAAAGAUGAAAGGAGAGCUGGGCAUGAUGCUAAGCUUGCAGAACGUCGUGCAGAAGACCACAACUCCAGGAGAAACAAAACUUCUGGCCUCAGAAAUCUAUGACAUUCUUCAAUCUUCCAAUAUGGCUGAUGGUGACAGUUUUAGUGAAAUGAAUUCACGUAGAAGGAAAGCUCAGUUUUUCCUGGGAACAACAAACAAACGCGCCAAAACAGUAGUUCUGCACAUAGACGGCCUGGACGACACGUCUCGGAGAAAUCUAUGUGAAGAGGCGUUGUUAAAAAUUAAAGGUGUUAUUAGCUUUACUUUUCAAAUGGCUGUUCAAAGAUGUGUGGUGCGAAUUCGUUCAGAUUUGAAAGCAGAGGCUUUGGCAUCAGCAAUAGCAUCAACCAAGGUCAUGAAGGCUCAGCAAGUUGUGAAAAGCGAGAGUGGGGAAGAGAUGCUCGUCCCAUUCCAAGACGCCCCCGUGGAAGUGGAAGAGAACACAGAGCUGCCUGACUACCUGCCUGAGGAUGAGAGUCCCACAAAGGAACAGGACAAGGCAGUAUCCCGGGUUGGCUCACACCCUGAGGGUGGAGCCAGCUGGUUGAGCACAGCCGCAAAUUUUUUAUCCAGAUCAUUUUACUGGUGACUUCAACUUCAGUUUGGGGCUCAAGGACUGUGUGAACCAACAGGGGCCAGCGUUCCAUUGUUGUGAUGAACUGUCAAGUGCAAUUUGCAAUAGAUUAUCAUGGAACCUUUCUAGAUUACAUGACUGUAUGCUGCAUUUUACAUUUUGUUGGACAUUUCCCCCACAGGAUAAUGGCUGUAGGUAAACAGGACCGAGGCUGCAGGUGGAAUUUGUUUAUGAAGGUAUUUUGGUAUUGUUUUCCUUUGCUUAAUUGCCUCACUUUUUGUUUUGU